AUGGAGAGGGAGACAGUUCCUAUGGAGGAACUGGUGGAAAAAAGAACUAGAGCAAUGAUGAAGUCCAUAAGGGCCAAUGGAGCCAUCCAUUGCACAGCACUGGUGGCUCAGGAAAACAGCCAUAGUUUGAGACUGAUAUCUGCAGGCAAAUUUCGAGAAGCAUCCCGCUGCAGCCUGCGGGAAGGCUUGAUGUCAAGCCCCGCCCACAUCAAGGACAGCCAUAUUGGAAAUGCUGACCGAGCAUGGGCAGCGAUCCACUCUCUGAAGUAUUUCUACACGGCAUCUUCUGGGAUCCCAAACUUCCCUUCUUACGUGUCUGUUGGGUUGGUGGAUGGAGUUCAGAUCAGUUACUGUGACAGCAGAACCCAGAAAAACAUUCCUAAACAGGAAUGGAUGAAUGAAGUGAGUUCAGAACAUCCACGUUACUGGGAGGAGGAAACUGGAACAUGCUGGGAAAAACAACAAAUCUUCAAUGUCAACAUAGACAUUGCAAAACAACGAUUCAACCAGACUGGAGGAGUUCAUGUCUAUCAGCAGAUGUACGGCUGUGAGUGGGAUAAUGAGACUGGAGAGGUUAAAGGUUAUGAUCAGAUUGGUUAUGAUGGAGAAGAUUUCAUUGUUCUGGACCUGGAGACACUGACAUGGAUCGCUCCAGUACAACAGGCUGUCAUCAGCAAAAAUGAGUGGGAUAAUGAUAAAUAUGCUGCAGAUAAUGAGAGUUUUUACUUAACUCAGACGUGUCCUGAGUGGCUGAAGAAGUAUGUGAGCUACGGGAGGAGCUCUCUGAUGAAAACAGAUCUUCCCUCAGUGUUCAUCCUCCAGAAGUCUUCCUCCUCUCCAAUCAGCUGCUUUGCUACAGGUUUCUACCCCAACAGAGCAGAAAUGUUCUGGAGGAAAGAUGGAGCAGAGAUCCAUGAUGGUGUGGAGAAAGGAGAGAUCCUUCCUAACAAUGAUGGAACCUUCCAGAUGAACGUUGACCUGAAACUUCUAUCAUCUGAGGACUGGACACAAUAUGAAUGUGUGUUUCAGCUCUCUGGUGUUGACAGAGACAUCAACACUCGUCUGGAAAAGCCAAAGAUCAGAACUAAUGAAGGUAAGGCUUUAUUUUGUCUAAUCAGUUUAAAUGAUUUUCUUUCAGGAAACUCCAUUCCUAUCAUUAUUGGGGUUGUUGCUGCAGUUCUGGCUCUGGUUGCCAUCAUUGCUGGAAUCGUCUGGUGGAAGAAGAGAGAUAACGGAUUCAAGCCAGCAAACACUUCUGACACGUCAUCCGCCUCUUCAGAUGAAUCAAAUCCCAUGAAAAUGAACAGCGAAGAGCAGAAGAUGAUGAAGACAAUCAGCUGA